UCUAGACAUCUAUCUGACCAGUCCCGACAUUUGUGCUUACUACUAUCUCUCACACACACAUCAACUAUACUCUAUAUCUAUACAUUUCAUUUCUCAACAAAACUUCAUCAAAGAUAGUGCCCCAUGAACCCCCACAAACAAACCCUUUUCAGUUAUGACCGUCAAAUAUGGAAACAAGAUCAUAGAACACAGAAGAAUAUCAUAGGUGCAUCAUCAUCAUCUUCAAAUAACUCUUCAUCUUUAGCUGAUUUCCAUGGCAGCAGAAACUACAACAAUCUGCUUGAAGAUGACGAUCUAGUCUCUACUGUAGUACCUGCUGUUACGGUUGUGCUGGAGGGCCGUUCGAUCUGCCAACGCAUCAGUCUGCAUAACCAUGAUAGCUACCAGAGUCUCGCUGUGGCUCUACGGCAGAUGUUUGUGGAUUGCACCGACGAGGACGGUGGCGGUGAUCGUCAUCUUGAUCUGUCUAAUGCCAUUCCCGGUCAUGUUAUUGCAUAUGAAGACAUGGAAAAUGAUCUUCUUCUUGCUGGUGAUCUUACCUGGAAAGAUUUUGUACGUGUGGCAAAGAGAAUUCGGGUGCUUCCGGCAAAGGGGAACUCAAGGAAGAGAAGUAUAAGCUAGCUUCAACAUCAAAACAUGAAACAUGGUUAAUCAUGAUUUGGAGUACUUUGUUAAUUAAUUAUUGUGAGUUAAUUAAUCUAAUUGAAAGUACACGUAAAGUUGUGCUUUGUAUGAAUAAAAUGUCGCGUUUUCCC